UAUGGACAAACUAUUCAGUUCCAGUCCUCUAUGGCUUGAGGACGUCCACGUCUUGGUUUUCUGCCGCUACCUGCAGCUCUUUUUGCUUGUUCAUGAAGCGGUAUCCCCGCAUGGUGCACAGGUAUCCCCCGUAGAGUGUCAACAGCAUCAUCGAGGCAGAAAACCCCCGGUAUCCGAAGUCGGCGAGUCGCUUUGCGGUGGUCAACAUGGUGAUGGUGUUCCUGGCGGAACCAAAUACAUGUGGGUCUCUGAGGAGGUUAUAUCCAGCAACGACAAGUUGUAGUACAACUAAGGGUAGCUACAUAACGUACAUCUCCUUGUUUACUCGUGUUUAACAAUGUGGUUAUCACAGAUAACAAAAUGCCAACAUUUCAACAAAAAAGUAUAACAUCAGAAGUUAACGUUAGUUAAUUAAAGACAGGGUAUCUGAUGGAAUUUAGCUAGCUAUCAAGGUUAGCAAGCUUUUAUCAACACAUUAAAUAAAAAAAAUGAUUUUUCCAGUUUCAAAUUAUUGCUAUGUAAAUUGCAUUGUCUCUUACCUUGUAAAAUAGAAUGACAGUCAGAUUAUUGAUACCCUUCUCAAUGUCAACACACCUAGCUAGUUAACUUGUUCCGUAACUGAAAGCAACGGAGUCUUGUGAGGGUCAAAAGUCGUUCGGUUCUUGAGUAAUCCGUAGUGGGAGGAACGGUAUAGAAGUUCUGUAGAUGUUUCCUAGGUCGGACGUAUUUUGAUGCUGCACACGUGAGAACAGCGAUGGCAACAUGUGGAGCAGAGAGUGAAGUUCUGGAUGAAAAAGAUGAUCCCGGUGCAGCACCUUACGGCAAUUUUAUAAACUAUUACACAUUCAACCCACCAGAGAACCGUCUAAGCCUCAUUCCGACCACACUUAUUCAGGAUUUGGGAUAUGGCAAAGACAGCAGUGAAACCAUAUUGAUGCUGGAUGUUGGCUGCAAUUCAGGGGACCUGACAGUGGCAUUGUACAGACACCUCCAACCGAGAGUCUUGUCUGAAGACUCUACAACACCACCCGACACUGAUCUCCAACUCCUCGGCUUCGACCUGGACGAAACCCUGAUCCUCCGGGCCCAACAGACCAACCCUUUCCCCCAGAGCAUCUCUUUCAUUCCCUUAGACAUCACUGAGGAUGCUGCUAGCCAGACCCAGCUACAGGACUACCUGAGACAACAUGGCGGCUUCCGCUUCCACCUCUCCCUGUGCCUGGCUGUUACCAUGUGGGUCCACCUGAACCACGGAGACGCUGCCCUGCUGGGGCUCCUCUCCCGGCUGGCCUCCGUCAGCCAACAUCUCCUCCUGGAGGCCCAGCCCUGGAAGUGCUACCGCUCGGCUGCCCGGAGGCUGAGGAAGCUAGGGCGGUCUGACUUUGACCACUUCAAGGAGUUAAAGAUCAGAGGAGAUGUGGCAGAACAAGCCAGGGAACACUUAGAGAAACACUGUGGGAUGGCACUGAUGCAGUGUUUCGGUAGUACCAGCUGGGAUCGCAGACUGCUCCUCUUUAGGAGAAGAGAGACGGUAGACCAACAUUUAUCCCAGUAGAUAAAAUGACUGGACUUGUAGUAUAUGUUAUGAUGAUUGUCUUAAAGGAGUAAUCUGAAAACAUUUGAAAAUGUCUUCUUUGACAAUGAAGUGGCAAGGUCCUAAGGAAAUACGUAUGUGCAGUGAAGGACUCCAGAUUCGGAGUCUUUAAGUGCAGUGAAGGACCAGUAUGUUGAUUGAACACUAGGAGGCAAUAAUACUCUGUUACUACUUGUAAUACCACCAUACCUAGUGUUUGCUUUCAGCUAUGCAUUUAACUGAUCUUACCCAAUUUUUUUCUUAAUAGUGUAUAUGUUUUGGCAAACAAUUAUGAAUGAACCAUUGUGUGUGUAUGUAUGAGAAAUUAAUUUAAUAUUUUAUUUUUGGGAAUGUUUAAAAAUAAGAAUGAAUAAAGCCCAUGAAUUUACUA